GCCACCGCCGCCAUGACCUUCGUGCCCCCGCCCGGCUACAUGCCCUCCUACAACCCGCCCCUGCCCUACGUGGCCCCCGUGCCCGGGGGGCUCUGGCCCGGGAUGGCCAUUUACGUGCAGGGGGUGGUGGCCCCCCAGGCUGACCGGUUCCGCGUUAACCUGGCCGCGGGCCCCGAGGACGGGGCGGACCUGGCGCUGCACGUGAACCCCCGCUUUGGGGCGGGGGUCGCGGUGCUCAACAGCCGCAGGGGGGGCCACUGGGGGGACGAGCAGCGGCGGGAGCUGCACCCCCUCUGCGCGGGGGGGGCCUUCGAGAUGGUCAUCAGCGUCACCCCCGAGGGCUACCGGAUCCUGGUGAACGGCACCUUCUACGAGGAGUUCCCGCACCGGCUGCCCCCGGAGCGGGUGACAACCGUGAACGUGGACGGGGACCUGGAGCUGCACUCGGCCUCGGUGCUGGGGGGCGCGGGCACGUUUCCCCAGUGCGUCCCGGACACGCCGCAGAUCACCCCCAUCUACCCCAACUGUAACCUGCCGGUGAUGCAGCAGCCCCCCAUCCUGCACCCGGCCGUCCCGUUCAUCGCCACCAUGCCGGGGGGGCUGGUCCCCAAAAAAACCAUCGUCAUCAAGGGCUUCGUGCCCCACAAUGCCAACAACUUCUACAUCAACCUGCGCGCGGGCUCGCUGGGGGACGUGGUGCUGCACGUGAGCGCGAGGAUGAACGAGGGCAACGCCCUGGUCCGAAACUCCUUUUUGGGGGGCUCCUGGGGCCCCGAGGAGCGGGACCUCUCCUGCGGCACCCCCUUCCUGCGCGGCCGCUUCUUCGACCUGUCGAUCCGCUGCGGGAACCAUCGCUUCAAGGUGUUCGCCGAGGGCCAGCCGCUCUUCGACUUCCACCACCGCGUGCCGCCCGGGCCCCACGUGGACAUGCUGGAGAUCGAGGGCGACGUGGUCCUGUCCUACGUCCAGUUCUGACCCACCAGUGCCACUGCCACUGCCCCACAACUGCCCUGGGUCAGCCCCACAGCUGCCCCGUAACUGUCCCGUAAUUGCCCCAGAACUGUCCCACAACUGCCCCAGAACUGUCCCGUAAUUGCCCCAUAACUGUCCCAUAAUUGUCCCACAACUGCCCCGUAAUUGCCCCAGAACUGUUCCAUAAUUGCCCCACAACUGUCCUGUAAUUGCCCCAUUACUGCCCCAGAACUGUCCCGUAAUUGCCCCAUUACUGUCCCACAACUGCCCCAUAACUGUCCCGUAAUUGCCCCAGAACUGUCCCCAUAAUUGCCCCACAACAGUCCCAGAACUGUCCCACAACUGCCCCAGAACUGUUCCAUAAUUGCCCCAUAAUUGCCUCCUAAUUGUCCUCUCCCAACACUGACCUCAAUAAAGCUGUUCCUGCUCCA